AUGCCUGAUCACGAUAAAUAUGAUAGACAUGACCGAGACCGAGAAAGAGAUAGAGGAGGUGACAGAGACAGAGAUAGAGACAGGGAUAGAGAAAGAGAUAGAGGAGGUGAUAGAGAUAGAGAUAGAGACCGCGAAAGAGAAAGAGAAAGAGGUGGUGAUAGAGACAGAGACCGCGAAAGAGAAAGAGAUAGAGAUAGACAUGAUAGACACGAAAGUAGUAGUAGCAGUGGUAGUGGUAGACACGAUAAACACGAUGAUAGACACCACAACGACUCUAAACAUCACUAUUCAUCAUCUCAACCUCAACAACCAGACAGAGAGAAACCCGUCGAAAAGAAGUCCUCUAAAAAAUAUCCCAAUGUUGCCGAUCAAUACGAAUUGAAAGAAAUGAUUGGUAAAGGUGGUAGUGGUAGUGUUUACAGAGCAAUGUGUUUACCAAUACAUGAAACUGUUGCCAUUAAAAUUAUAGAUUUAGAACAUUGCAAAAAUAUUUCUCUAGAUGAAUUAAGAAAAGAAAUUCAGGCAAUGAGUUUAUGUCAUCAUCCAAAUGUAGUAGCAUAUCAUACAAGUUUUGUUCAUAUUGAAUCAUUAUGGGUAGUGAUGGAUUAUUUAUCAUCGGGAUCAUGUUCAGAUAUUAUGCGAUAUGGAUUCCCACAUGGAUUCGAGGAGAGUGUAGUAGCUACCAUUCUUCGUGAGACUCUUAAAGCCAUUUGUUAUUUUCACAAGACCGGUAGAAUCCAUCGUGAUAUCAAGGCCGGUAACAUUAUCAUCGACUCUAAUGGUGAUAUCAAGUUGUCUGAUUUCGGUGUCAGUGCCACUUUGAUCGAUACUGGUGAUACUAGUCGUAAUACUUUUGUUGGUACUCCAUGUUGGAUGGCUCCUGAAAUUAUGGAGCAAGUAAAAUAUGAUUAUUCAGUUGAUAUUUGGUCAUUUGGUAUUACAGCAUUGGAGUUGGCAAGAGGAAGAGCACCAUUUUCAGAGUAUCCACCAAUGAAAGUAUUAUUGAUGGUUAUGCAAAACCCACCACCUUCGUUGGACGGAGAUGGUGAGAGCAAGUGGACACACUCUUUCAAAGAUUUGGUUGAAAAGUGUUUGCAAAAGGAUCCAGCCAAACGUCCUCUGCCAGCCAAGCUUUUGGAACACAAGUUCUUUAAGCAUGCCAAGAAACCAGAGUAUAUUGUCCAAAAUGUUUUGGCCAAGUUGCCACCCCUCGGUGACCGUUACAAGAUGCUCUCGCAAGACACUACCUUUGCCAUGCUCAGAAACACAUCUUCUCCUCAAUUUGAUACGACCAAUUCAAACUCGACCGAUGAAUGGAUCUUUCCCGAGACCAAAGAUGAUGACAACCACCAACGAACAGCAUCUAGUACUAGUACCAGUACUACAACCAAUACUCUUCAACAACAGUUUCAACAACAAUUACAAUUGCAACCACAAUCAUCUACAUCGAGUGGUACCGGUACAUACAACACCCCUGCUCAAUCACCUUCACCUACCCCUGUUGGUGUAACCCCCUCUACUUCUCCCAGUACCACUCCCAACCCAAGCCGAACCCCUACUCCCAAUGGAUUUCCUCCAAACAACAACAACAAUAGCGUCAAUAGUGUCAACAACAUGUCAAGUAGUACCAAUCAAUUUUCCAAAUCACAGCCACUUGUACAACGUAGUGGUGAACUUAAUCCACUAUCUAUAUCGGUUCCACAUCCAGUAGCAGUAAUCAAUAUAAGUAAAUUAAAUAACCAACAUGAUGUAUCUCCACCCAAAACUUCACCAAGAGGAUCAACCAACAAACUUCCACCUCCACCUCUCACAACUCAAACCUCUACAACAAAUGUUAAUAACGCCGCCGCCACCGCUGUAAAUCCCUCAUCUACCAUAUCACCAAAGUUAUCAGUAUCAAUUACAUCUUCACCAUUGUCAGAUGUAUCUCAACCACAACCACAACACCCAUCACAACUUUUACAACACACCUCUCCCUCUGUGACACAACUAUCUACCUCUGGUAACAUAGUGAAACCACCCUCUCCGACAUUUGACAAGGAUACCGCCGUCGGACCUGUAGCAUUGCACUAUAGCAGUAGAGCGUCGAUCAAAAAGGAUUCAAGACAAUCAUCGCGUGCCUCUUCCUUGUCAGACUCGCAUUCCGAUAUUGGUUCUUCAAGAGACUCUAGUUCAGACGAGUAUCAACAGAGCCAUAGCAAAUAUGAUUAUCAAGAUACCAACCCAUCAAAGUCUAAACACAAGUCGAGAAGAUUGAAAAACAAGGGUUACAGAGAAUCUACGCGUGACUCUAGGUCAAAGAGGGACCGUUCCAGAAGUAGGGACCGUUCCAGAUCGAGAUCGACCAGCAGAGGAAAUAGACGUGGUGAUAGAGACCGUUCUAGAGAUCGUUCUAGAUCGCGUUCAAGAGAAAGUAACUACUAUAGAGACCGUUCAAGAUCACGUUCCAAACAAAGUGUACGUGACCGUUCACGUUCACGUUCAAGAUCCAGGUCAAAUAGUAGAGGCGGCGGCAGAAGAGACAGAGACCGUUCAAGAGACAGAGAUAGAGAUAGAGACAGAGACAGAGACUAUAGAGACAGAGAUAGAAGUCGUAGUCGUAGCAGUCGUAGUAGAACACGUAGUAGAACACGUAGCAGAAAUAGAACAAGAAAGGAUCGUAGUCGUAGUCGUAGCCGUAGUCGUAGUAGAAACUCGAGAAAGAAUCGUGACAGAGAUAGAGACAGAGAGCGUGAAAGAGAACGUGAAAGACAAGGCGCUUCUGACUCGUCCGAGUCUGAUUCUCCCAUCACUACUCACAGCAGCAGCAAGCAAUUGUCUUCGUCUUCGGCUUCAGUCAAACACAAGCACAAACGUCGUUCUGAAAACCUCCAAGGCAAGAUGGAAAAACAAUCACAACACAUCCAAUUCUUGGAGGACAAGAUCCAACAAUUGACCUCUUGGAUGCAAACUCAACAUCAAUACACCCAACAACAUCAACACAUUCAAUUGCCUCAAUCAUCAGACAUUGUAAUGAAUCUUCAAACCCAACUAAAUACUUUGCACAGUGAAAACAAUAUUCUACGUUCGGAAAACAAUCAAUUGAAAUCUCUAGUUCAUAGCAACACCAACAUCCCAUCACCAAGUUCAAAUAAUUCAAGUCCUCUUAAAUAUAGUUCCCAUGUAGAUAAACAAUAA